AGCAUGCACUGGAAAUUUUUCCUCGUGAAAUUUGGGAAAAGAUUUUCUUAAAAUUAAGCAACAAAGAACGUUUCAAAUUUCGGUUUGUGUGUCAAACUUUUCACGAGGCCAUUGAAAGAAUUAUUGCAAGAAAUAAGUUAUGGGGAACGCUAUUCCAAAAAGAUGCAAUUUAUUGGAAGAGUCAAAUUAUAGACAAGCGAUUUCCGACAGUGAGACUAAAACAGUGGAGAUUAUUUUUCCAAAGUGUUUUCAAACAAAUGUUUCUUUCCUACCAAAAAUGGAAGUUGUUCGGAAAUAGUAAUCGCGAACUGGGCCAAAAUUCUUGUAAUUUCACUAAAAAUUUCGGAGAAAAUAAAGUAAUUACUUGCUUUGAUGUUUGGGUAAAAAUUUUAGCUGUUGGAACAAAUAAUGGAUCUAUUUACUUUUACAAAGUAGACCGAAUAAACCAUCAACCUAUUUAUCACACAAAACAUCAAAAUUCUGUCGUUCAAAUAAAAUUAUGGUACUUGGGCGCCAAGGGAUUAAUUGCAGUCACAACAUCCGCGAGAGAACAGCUCAAAUUUUGGAAUGUCUCUCGAAAGAGAGAAAUUGUUACUUCUGAAGUAUACUACGGCAGAAAUCUAUGCGUUGGCUUGAACCGUCGUUUGUUUGUUGAAUAUGAGUAUACAAUAACUGAAUAUAAAUUCGAUUUAAACCAAAUUCAUCAAGGAGCUAAUUGUAGGGUUGAGACAUUCAACGAUCCAGAUGCUAAAUUUUUGGCACUUUACAGCGAACAAGACAAAUUACAAGUAUUGAUGCGAUUUGGAACGGUUGCAGCAAUUACAAUUUUUCGGAUUCAAAAAAACAUUCCAGUAUUUACUCAGAUUGACGAAGACUUUUUUCCACUAAGACCCAGCAUUACUCGGGUCCGUGAUAAUAUAAUCCACGAUGAUGAUCUGAUAUGUGAAUUCCAUAUUUCUAGUAUGAAUGUCACUAUUUUUGCACAUGCUGGAUUUCUCACUGCUAGAGUAAUAGAAUCUGAGGAGGCAAUAGCUGUUUGGAAAGUCUGCAGUGUACCUUUAGCAAAAAAUGAAAUAGUUACAUGUGUUUUUAUGUUUGCAGAUCUUUUGUUGAUUGGACUAAACACAGGACACAUCAAUGUGUAUGCAAUUCAGAACAUCAAAAGUUUACUGGACGCUGCUCUUAUUUUCAAAAAUUUGAGAGCUAUAAAAGAUAAUUAUACUAUCGGAGGAUUACAGUAGCAACAGGGAGGAAGAAUCAACCGAUCAUUGAGUAGAGAAGUUUCAUCUACUCGCAAUAUCUCGUGUCGAUCUUGUAAUUGUAUCUUCUCUUGCAAUGAAGAGCUGGAGGAAGCGGAGGACGAUCGGCAACCGGAAUCGGCGCAUGUGUACUUAUAUAUUUCAAUGGGCAAUGACGACAGGUGAAGAAGACAAGUUGAGAUCGAGAGGAAUGAGGAGCGACGAGAUGGAAGGACGCCUGCCGUGUCUUUAUUUCACUUUCCGCCAAUUUAAUUCCAAUCUAUACACCAGUAAAUAAGAUAGAAAAGUGUGUAACACCGAUCAUACUCGUACUUUAUUUGCACAUAUAUGUACUGAACUAGUACAGGGGUACACGAUAUUUAUAAACACGCCCCGCGUCUUCGUUCGGCGCCAUUAUUUUUUCAAUUUUUUUCAUUUGCAUCGCAAUCUGCUGGUUAUAUCAUGAUCAUCGGUAUGCGUACAGUAUAUUUAAGAAGAAAAUUCUACUGAGUACCCUUGGUUUAAUUAUUUUUCGAAUACUUUAAAUAAGUGGAGUUAGCUAAAUA